CGCCUACGGUGACCCUACGAGCUCGUCGAUCCAUGCGCUGCAUUCUUGGACUCGGAAUUUCUUGAGUUUUUGGUCGCUCUCGUUCGCGUCGUUGCCAAAUUGGCGUGCGGAGCAAAUCCGAGAAGGACAGAAGGCGGGAGAAGAAACGACUUUAGAGAGUGGCGAAAUGUCGUCGUUGAAGUUUAUAGACAUUGCGGCCAAUCUCACAGAUGGCAUGUUUAAGGGCAUGUACAACGGUAGGCAGCAGCACGCAGCUGACUUGAGCAUCGUCCUGAAAAGGGCUUGGGAUGCUGGUGUAGAGCGCAUAAUUGUGACUGGCGGUUCUCUGGAAGAAUCCAGGGAAGCUUUAGCCCUCGCGGACACCGAUGGCCGUCUAUAUUGUACCGUCGGUGUACAUCCUACUCGAUGCUCGGAGUGGGAAGAAAGCGGGGACCCUGAGAAGCACUACCAGGAACUUCUAGCUCUUGCCAAAGAAGGUGCCGCGAAAGGAAAGGUUGUGGCCGUUGGGGAAUGUGGUCUUGACUACGACCGCUUGCAAUUUUGUCCUGCCAAUGUUCAGCAACGAUACUUUGAGAAACAAUUUGAUCUAGCAGAAGCAACUGGUCUUCCAAUGUUCUUACACAUGCGAGCAGCUGCAGAAGACUUCAGCACCAUUGUAGAGAGGAACAGAACCAGGUUUCGUGCAGGUUGCGUGCACUCGUUUACAGGGACGAGUGACGAAUUGGAACGAAUGUUGGCCUUUUCAAACUUAUACAUUGGUGUGAAUGGCUGUUCAUUGAAAACCUCAGAGAAUUUGGAUGUCUUGAAGAGCAUGCCUUUGGAAAGACUUAUGAUAGAAACAGACUCCCCAUACUGUGGAAUCAAGUCAAGCCACGCAAGCAGCAAACUCGUUCAGACAACCUGGCCUUCGAAGAAGAAAGAGAAGUAUGACGAGAAUUAUUUGGUGAAAGAUCGAAACGAGCCCUGUCAAGUGAGACAAGUACUUGAGGUAGUUGCUUCAGUUCUGGGCGAGAAGGAUCAGUACAAGCUCUCGAGAAUUUUCUACGAGAAUACUUGCAAGGUUUUCUUUCCUCAUGACAUCGACACGCUGGCUAAUGCCGUUCUAUCGGCUUCGAUAACUGGUGACAUCUGAGGAGCUACCUACUCAUCGUGCUGAAGCUUUCGAAACUUCCGAGAUAUUGUACUAGACUUGGAAUUGCUGAUUACGUUGCUAACUCUAGAAUUUUUGCUAGUAAUGGAAGAGCUAAAUGCUGGUAAGGUGUCUCGAGUAAUUUUUGUGGAGGGCAUCUGAUGCAGAGAGCGAAGAUUGAUGAUUUUUCUGGUCAAAGGCGGCCGACAUGUUUAGGUAGUAGGACAGUGAAUAUUUUGCCCAUCCACCGCCGAAGGCACCAGCUUCAAAUCUUUUCGACGACGAUUGAAAUUGAGUUGCACACUAAUUUGCAUGAGCAUACUCGUCAAAUCUUUCUGAACGCUGGAUGAUGUUUUUGUAAAUAGCUUUCAUAUGGAAAUAUGAAAGCUGGCUCCAGAUUGUUCAAGUUUUCAAGGGGUUCGUUUUAUGAAGGUCCUCGAAAUUGU